CGGAGAGGAACCCAGGCUGGAUGCGACCCGGCAGCGGGCAGGACUGGGAGAGGAGGGAGGGAGCGAGGGAGAGCGGGCAGAGCGCGGCGCCCAGGACCGUCCAGGUCUUUCGUUUCUCUCUCGUGAGAUAACGUUCUUCCUAACUCCGGAAACUUUUUCCCGGGCGCGCGGAGUCUGGGACCAAGGCGAGCGGUGGGUAUGCGCGGCUGCGGUGACUCACGCCGGGUACCCCAAGGGGUAUUGGCCGAGUCUGUGGUGUUAAGAAAGCUUGAGGGUCAGGAGGCAGCCCUGGCAGAAGCCCUUCCGUGGGCAGCUGGAAGGCUCCGGUCCUAGAGGUGAAGCCGAGCCCUCACCAGAACUUAUGACCCGUGGCCUCGCUCCCAUCCUGCCCCUCGAGUUCCACAAGAUGGGCUCCUUCCGCAGGCCGAGACCACGCUUCAUGAGCUCCCCGGUGCUCAGCGACCUGCCACGGUUCCAAGCUGCCCGGCAGGCCCUGCAGCUGAGCUCCAACUCGGCUUGGAACAGCGUCCAGACUGCUGUGAUCAACGUUUUCAAAGGGGGCGGCUUGCAAAGCAACGAGCUCUACGUCCUGAAUGAAAACAUCAGGCGCCUGCUGAAGAGUGAACUUGGCUCGUUCAUUACAGACUAUUUCCAGAACCAACUUCUUGCAAAAGGGCUGUUCUUUGUGGAGGAGAAGAUCAAGCUGUGCGAAGGUGAGAACCGCAUGGAGGUUCUGGCUGACGUCUGGGACCACUUCUUCACGGAGACCCUCCCCACCCUGCAGGCGAUAUUCUACCCGGUUCAGGGACAGGAACUGACCAUCCGCCAGAUCUCCCUGCUGGGCUUCCGAGACCUGGUCCUGCUGAAGGUGAAGCUGGGCGACUUGCUGCUGCUGGCACAGUCCAAGUUGCCCUCCUCCAUUGUCCAGAUGCUGCUCGUCCUGCAGAGUGUCCACGAGCCUACGGGUCCAAGUGAGGGUUACCUGCAGCUGGAGGAGCUGGUGAAGCAAGUGGUUUCUCCUUUCCUGGGCGUCAGCGGGGACCGAGGCUUCUCCGGACCCACGUACACGCUGGCCAGGCGGCACUCCAGGGUCCGGCCCAAGGUGACCCUCCUGAACUACGCCUCCCCAGUGACCACAGCCAGCCGGCCGCUGAACGAGAUGGCCCUGACCCCGCUGACGGAGCAGGAGGGAGAGGCCUACCUGGAGAAGUGCGGCAGCGUUCGGCGGCACACGGUGGCCAACGCCCACUCGGACAUCCAGCUGCUGGCCAUGGCCACCAUGAUGCACUCGGGCCUGGGGGAGGAGGCCGGCAGCGAGGACAAGUGCCUGCUGCUGCCGCCCAGCUUCCCCCCGCCCCACCGGCAGUGCUCCAGUGAGCCCAACAUCACUGACAGCCCCGACGAGCUGGAGGAAGUGGCAGGGGGCAGCCAGGAGGACUCGGACCUCAACUGUGCGUCCCUCGGCUGAGCCGCCUCCCCUGGGGGGCUUCCCAGCACCUGCUUCGCUUCUGGGACAGAUAAGGCCAGUCCCCGCCAUGGACCACCCAGGGGCUCUUCCUUUGUGCAGAGCUGCCUUGUUUCUUUUAGGGUACAGGCCUGGCCUAAGUGCCUUAGGGGGAACCCCUCAUUUCAGUGACUGACCAGCUCCUCGCAGCCACACAGACCUAGUUGCCUCCUGCUCCCUCUCUGACUCCCAACCUCGCCCGCCUGACUUGGAUCUUCACGCCUGGGCCUUUUCCCCUGAGAUGGUGGACCGGCUGGUGCUCCCGACACUACACCCGAGGCCCCGGCAUUAGCCUGGCAGAGGUUAUCAGGACCGCGCACAAAGUAACCCGUGGGCUCUUCUCGCAGAGGCGUGCAGGGGGAGAGCAGGAGUGAGGUUCUGCUGGAGUGAAAGUCACCUGCGGCCUGUCACGCAUGGCCCUGUGAAUGCACCUCCACCCUGCAGUGUUGCAGUUGCGGGGAAAACACUGCCCACUGGUGGCCGAGAAUCCAUCCUCCCCUACGCCCAUGCGCUGCCCAGACGGGCUGGCUGGCGCCUGUCUUUCAUUAAACCUCAGCAUUUCCCUCUCAGGCUUCCUCCCAAGCGCAAGGAACUAACCUCCUUAGGAGUCACUGGUGCCUUAAUCUCUCCCAUCUCAGAAGUGGACCCCCUUCCUAUUGUGGUGUGAGGGGCUGGCUGAAACCCAUUAGUCUGUACCUGGAUUUGACUUGAAUUUUUAAAAACGUGUAUGGUUUCAAAGGCUUGUUUGCAAGUAUUUGCACGUAGGGUCUUGCACUGUGCAUUUCCAAUGGGGUGUGUCUUCAGACUGAAAAACAAGCAGACCCCCUGGGAAAGGAGACUGGGAGUGGCUCAGAAUAGCUAUCUGUGGUGGGCAGGGUGCAUGGGCCAUUUGGGUCCAGAGUGGCCUGCGUUUGUGAGUGUCAGGGUUUCUGGGCAAAACUGCGUUGGGGUAUGGAGACUGUUUGCCUCGUGAGUAGAAGACUAUAGCAAACAGAAUGUUGCUAUGCUUGAUGGUCGGUCAAGAAGAUGAUUGGGGGCAAGUUCUUCUGGAAGGAUGUUUAUUCCUUGUGAUUCUGACAUGCUGGUCUCCAAAUGCUGCUUGAGGCAGCAGGUACUGCGUACGACUGCUCCCUCCAGGUCUGGGGGUUCUUUAUCUACCUGAGUCCCUGUCCCCCUCUUGGUAUUUGUCUGUUGGCCUCACCGAUAGCAGCUCCAGAAAAAAGAGAAGGUUCCCCAACUGCGUGGGGCACAUGGUGGCCUUGCAAGCUCUUGGAAAGUUUUGUUUAUGAAAUCUUAAGCUGCGAGCCACAAGGCAAGAGAGGACUGGGAGAUGGUGAGGGUUUGUUUAAGUUGCCAGUUGGAGAAGAGACCCCCUCGGCUCAUCUAAACCUUGAUGGUAUUUCCCUUCUGGGUAAAGAUCUGAAAUAUGUCUAGAGUUGUGUUUUUGAUGAUUUGUGACUUGGAAAUUUUUGUUUAAAAAGUUGAUUCAAUUUCAUCCUUCUAAGAGAAUGAUGGAAGAGAAAUGUCCAAAGAAGAUCUUCUGAGCUUGUGUUGUAUAAAGUCCACAAAUUGACUAAUAUGCAUUAGCAACAGAACAUCAUGAUUUAUUUAACUGAUGGCUUUUGUCCUCAUUAGUACACUUAGUACACACUUGAGACUGCUAUUUAUUGAUCCAGGCAAAGUAAUUAGUCACGCUUGGGUUUACUUUUUCAGUUUAUAAGAUUAAUGAUAUGUGUUUUUAAAAUACCUUUUCCAUCUCUCAGAUAUCUCUGAUGUGGCCAGCAGUCAUCAGUUAAAUAUACAGCCUCUCAGGGUGAUAAUGACAGUGUCAGUGCAGACCAGUGUGUUUAAUCGCUGCUGACCGUGAGCCAGUUUACAACUUUACCUUUGUACACACCUGGUAGUACAGUAAAUAUUUCUGACUAUACACAUAAAAAUUUUGUGGAUGUUUAUGAUCAUUUUAUCCUUCAGAUCUUUUGCAAGUGCGAUAUCUGUGGCAUUUUAAACCACUUUUCCUCUCCUUCGUGCAAAGAAGAUUCAUUUUAUUUAUGCCAGGAUUUUCCCACAGCUGAGGUUUAAUGACAGAAAGCAAUCACCACUCUCGACUCUGAGUGAAAACAAACCCAAACCCUUUUGUCAUGUUGUCUGUUUCCAAAAUGGAUCUAAUAAACAUAGUUUUGUACAUAUCACCCUGUUGCCAUCCUGGUGCUUCAAGUGUGUCUUGGUUGAAUCUGCAAAGCACAGCAGUCAACUUAGAUCUUGAUGCAUCCUGUGCUCCCUACAUCCAGGGGU